AUGCCCUCAACCCCUGCCGGUAGUGCCACCGAGAUUCCCCAUCAUGGCCGCAUGAAGCUGGACGGGCACAUGGAGAUGCUCACCCGUCCGGCGUAUGUCUUCGCCAAAAUCGAUGCCUUCUUCGCCGAUUCCAGGACCGCAUCCCGGAACUCCGCCAAUGGAGCAAUGGCGGAUCUGAGAACUGCAUAUCCGGGUCCGUUCCCUGAUAUACCGCAUAUUGUAGCGACGGCAGAUAGCCAAUCCCGUUGCAAAGAGCACUUGACCGAGGACCAACAAACAUAUUUUCUGAGAAUGUUUUGGGAGACUUAUCAUCCGCUGCUGCAAGGCUGGGAUGAAGCAGAAUUUCAGUCGCUAUUGGAUCUUGAUCGGCGACAAGACUUCGAGGUCGGAAACCUAACCAAGGCCUUGGUAAAUUCUAUGACGGCGUUAGGGAUCCAAUACGGCCAUGGGGCUGGCCUGACUUCCCGCGUCCUGAGCUUGCGCCAUUGUGCCAUCAACAUCUCGUCCAUAGGGUGGGAAUAUUUCCGUCGCUGUCGCGAUUAUAUCGCCCUUUUGACAGAGCCCACACUCUUAUCGAUGCAAUGUUAUGCUCUGAUGUCUCUAUUUCUCAUGAAUGCAAGUUAUUUCAGGGAGGCUUACAGCUUGCUUGGCACCGCCAUUCGCCACAGUCAUAGUGUCAAUCUCCACGAAGAGCCCAGCGAGCAUCUUCAGCCAAAAGAGAGAAUUGCUCAGAGACAGAUUUGGUGGCUACUCUUCGUGCUCGAUAUUAGAUGUUCUCAGCAGCUUGGAAAGCCGGUCGCUGUACAAACUGCUACGAUCACCUGUGCUUUGCCGUCAGCUGAAGAAUUAAUUACGAUGCCGGGGAACACGGAGGUUUGUUGGAAGAAUUUACAUGUCUCGGCCUAUUUCGUUCAUAUGGUGAAGCUUGCAGUAUCUCUUGCCGAGAUUCAUCGACUGAUUUCCACGUCGAAAUUAUACGAGGACGCCAGCAACUUCACCGCGCUAGAACAGCGAGCAAACUUGCUAGGAACAUCGCUUGUGGGCCUAGAGAAAUGGAGCAAUGAGCUACCGGAUGAACUUCUUAGCCCCAGAAAGAACACGGGCUACACGGAAUCUAUGUCCACGGCAGAGAGCCCGAUCGUAUUAGAGCUUGGAGCACCCAGCUGGCUCCACCACCAACGGGUCCUUCUUGAAAUAUACUAUCAUAAUGCUUAUAUUCUGCUUCAGCGGCCAUUUAUCUGCUUUCCACAGCCUUCCAAAUCCUGGCCUGUUCAACAGCCACACACAGAUCUCCAUGCUCGCAGCUCGCUCCAGCACGCCAUCACCAUGGCAAUUAUCAUCCACGACCUUUGCUCCUCUUCGGACGUUUUCUUUGGCUCGCCCGCAAUACUUCACCCACUGUGGAAUGCCACGGUGACAAUUUUUGCAUUCAUUAUAGCAAACCCCUUUUGUUCGCGAUCACGUAGGGCAGCACAGUGGAUCUUCAAAGCCUUGGCUGUAUUUGAGGUCUUCGCAGCAACCGAACCUUUCGCUGCUCGAGCUGAAAUCAUCACAAGAUCCCUUUUCGCUAAACUGAAUGAUAUAUUGACCAAACUGGAUGGCAAGCCAGAGCAGUCUAACCACGGCAGAAUCGCCUUGGGGAUGACACUGCCUCCAUCUCCCGAUACGACCUCAACUACGCCAUCCGUGGACCCGGUUGACAUACUGACGGGGUCUUUUGCGGGUGGGGGCUUGGAACACAACCUCGAUAACGCAUUUUUUACGGACGACAGCAUAUAUUCCUCGAUUGGAGCAGUUGAGAUAAACACAUGGGCAGCCUAUCAAGAUCAUCUUGACAUAUGGAAUGGCAGCCACUCAGAUGGAACUCAUGACACAAUGAAUGCUCUGGAAUAG